AUGAUGCUGAACAACGCUACACCGAAUAGUGCUAAUUCCGCUACCAAUGGUAACCACGACGUGAAUGCGAUGGAUACUUGGGAGGACCGGCGCAUUUCGAUUACCUUACAGUAUGGAUCACUGAAAGAAGUAUUGGUACUGGAGCGUUCCAGUGAGCCACAGCAAUUUGAAUCUUUGUGCGCACGUGCCAGGCAAUUAGCCGAAAAGCAGUGCGAUGGAAAAUUAGCUGCCAGCUGCGAGCUGCAUUUAUUCAGGCACGACUACAACUCACCAAACAUGCUUCAACACCUGACAUCCGUCACUCAGCUUGCACUUUUCUUUUGUUCCGAGACCUGA